UUUCCCCCCAUCUCUCUCUCUCUCCUCCCAUCCCGCAGCAGAGCACACAGACUCGUUUUCUCUCUCCUCCGCUCUCUCGAUUUCUCUCUCUCUCCUCUCAUCCGAUCUGCAUCUGCUUCUCCUUUCCACACUUGUGCUUCGUGUUCGUCGUGGUCUCUUGUUUCUUCUUCUUCUUCUAGAUUUGAUUUUCUUUUUUUUUCUUCCCUUUUUCGCGGCGGCGAGGGGCGAGGGGGGAGGGUGAGUGUGGUGUGGUGUGGUGGUUGGUGGGGGAGAUCUUGAUCUGGUCGUUGGAGAUGGCGGCGCAGGAGCAGGAGCAGGAGAAGCAGCAGGUGAAGACGAGCACGACGAGCUCGCUGCCGUCGAGCAGCGAGCGCUCCUCCAGCUCAGCCCCCAACAACCUCAAGGAAGGAGGAGGGGUGGAGAGCGACGAGGAGAUACGGCGGGUGCCGGAGAUGGGAGGGGGCGGCGGGUCGGCGUCGUCGGGGGCGGGGGCGGACGAGCGGCAGGGGAAGGAGGACGGGAAGCAGCAGGGUGGUGGCGGCGGCGGGGCGGCGGCGGCGGGGGGCGGGCAGGAGCAGGCGCCGCCGGCGAGGAAGCGAGGGCGGAGCGCCGGCGACAAGGAGCAGAACCGGCUGAAGCGGCUGCUGCGGAACCGCGUGUCGGCGCAGCAGGCGCGGGAGCGGAAGAAGGCGUACAUGACGGAGCUCGAGGCCAAGGCCAAGGACCUCGAGCUCCGCAAUGCCGAGCUCGAGCAGCGCGUCUCCACCCUCCAGAACGAGAACAACACGCUCCGCCAGAUACUCAAGAACACGACGGCGCACGCCGGCAAGAGGGGCGGCGGCGGCGGAGGCAAGGGCGGCGAUGGCGGCGGCGGCGGGAAGAAGCACCAUUUCACCAAGAGCUAGGAGGAGAGGGACUGCGGUGACGGCGGCGGCGGAGGCAGGGUUGUGGUAGGAAUUGAAUUGUUCAUCUGAUCUGACCAUUGUUAGGAAACAUCAUCGAUGUUGUUGUUGUUGUUGUUGACGUUUUUCUUUUUUUUUCUUCUUCUCUGUUCUACUCUACGCUUCGUCGACUGCUUCGGUGAUGGUUGCAAUUACUGUUGCUGAACAUUGUGUCUUGUAUUUUAUUAGAUGUGUUUUUACAGUCUACCUAUCGAAGCUUACCUCCAGGGUAUGUCAACCUUUGCAAACCUAAAGAAAACCUUUUCUAGGAUUAACUGGUUAUUAACAUAAUAUAAUAACAAGGAAUUUAUCUA